GGGGGAGCCGGGGCCGAGGGAUCCCGGCCGGGUGUGGCCGCGUCGCCAGGCUCAGCCCCGGGAGGGAGGAGGCGCAGGAGGCGGAGGAGGAAGUCGCGGGGGAGGCGGGGGCGCGGCGUCGCCGGGCGCGUCGGGUUACUCCGGCCCGGCCUGCCCGGGUGACAUCCCCACGCGCCUCGCUGCGAGCACCGGGGCCGAGGCUCCGAUUCUGGGGGGAGGCAGACUCCGCCCUGGCUGGAGGAACCGGGUGCUCUUGCUUGCUGUCCCCUCGCGCUUGAGGAUAAAUCUCAGGCUAAGAGAUGGCAUUUCAGAAGGCAGUGAAAGGAACUAUUCUUGUUGGAGGAGGUGCUCUUGCAACUGUUUUAGGACUCUCUCAAUUUGCUCAUUACAGAAGGAAGCAAGUGAACCUGGCCUAUGUGGAAGCUGCAGAGUACAUUUCAGAACCUGUGAACAGGGAGCCUCCUUCCAGAGAAGCUCAGCUACUGACUUUGCAAAACACGUCUGAAUUUGAUAUCCUUGUUAUUGGAGGAGGAGCAACAGGAUGUGGUUGUGCACUAGAUGCUGUCACCAGAGGACUAAAAACAGCCCUUGUAGAAAGAGAUGAUUUCUCAUCAGGGACCAGCAGCAGAAGCACUAAAUUGAUCCAUGGUGGUGUGAGAUAUCUUCAGAAGGCCAUCAUGAAGUUGGAUAUUGAGCAGUAUAGGAUGGUAAAAGAAGCCCUUCAUGAGCGUGCCAACCUACUAGAAAUUGCUCCCCAUUUAUCAGCUCCAUUGCCUAUAAUGCUUCCAGUUUACAAAUGGUGGCAGUUACCAUACUACUGGGUAGGAAUCAAGCUGUAUGAUCUGGUUGCAGGAAGUAAUUGCCUGAAAAGCAGUUAUGUCCUCAGCAAAUCAAGAGCCCUUGAGCAUUUCCCAAUGCUCCAGAAGGACAGACUGGUAGGAGCAAUUGUCUACUAUGAUGGACAGCACAACGAUGCACGGAUGAACCUUGCCAUUGCUCUGACUGCUGCCAGGUAUGGGGCUGCCACCGCCAAUUACAUGGAGGUGGUGAGCUUGCUCAAGAAGAAGGACCCCCAGACAGGGCAAGUCCGCGUGAGGGGUGUGCGCUGCAAGGAUGUCCUCACAGGGCAGGAAUUUGAUGUGAGAGCCAAAUGUGUUAUCAAUGCCACGGGACCCUUCACAGACUCUGUGCGCAAAAUGGAUGAUAAGGACGCUGCAGCCAUCUGCCAGCCAAGCGCUGGCGUCCAUAUUGUGAUGCCUGGUUAUUACAGCCCAGAGAGCAUGGGACUUCUUGACCCAGCGACCAGUGAUGGGCGAGUUAUUUUCUUCUUACCCUGGCAAAAGAUGACUAUUGCUGGCACUACUGAUACCCCAACUGAUAUUACACACCAUCCCAUUCCUUCCGAAGAAGAUAUCAACUUCAUUUUGAAUGAAGUGCGUAAUUACCUGAGUUGUGAUGUUGAAGUGAGAAGAGGGGACGUCCUGGCAGCAUGGAGUGGUAUCCGGCCCCUUGUUACAGAUCCCAAGUCUGAAGAUACUCAGUCCAUCUCCCGAAAUCACGUUGUUGACAUCAGUGAGAGUGGCCUUAUCACUAUCGCAGGUGGGAAGUGGACAACGUAUCGAUCGAUGGCAGAAGAUACCAUAAAUGCUGCUAUCAAGACUCACAAUUUGAAAGCAGGACCAAGUAGAACAGUUGGUCUUUUCCUUCAAGGGGGUAAAGAUUGGAGCCCCACACUCUAUAUUAGGCUUGUCCAGGAUUAUGGACUUGAAAGUGAGGUGGCACAGCAUCUUGCUGCCACCUAUGGUGAUAAGGCUUUCGAGGUGGCCAAAAUGGCAAGUGUGACUGGCAAGAGGUGGCCCAUUGUUGGAGUGCGGCUUGUGUCAGAGUUUCCAUAUAUCGAGGCAGAGGUGAAAUAUGGGAUUAAGGAGUAUGCCUGCACUGCAGUGGAUAUGAUUUCACGCCGCACGCGCCUGGCCUUUCUCAAUGUCCAGGCAGCCGAGGAAGCCCUACCCAGGAUUGUUGAGCUGAUGGGCAGAGAACUGAAUUGGGAUGAUUUUAAGAAAGAGGAAGAACUUGAAACAGCCAAGAAGUUUCUAUAUUAUGAAAUGGGCUAUAAAUCUCGAUCAGAACAGUUAACAGAUCGCUCUGAAAUCAGCCUGCUGCCUUCAGACAUUGACAGGUACAAGAAGAGAUUUCAUAAGUUUGACGCAGACCAAAAAGGCUUUAUUACCAUUGUUGAUGUUCAGCGUGUAUUAGAGAGUAUCAAUGUCCAAAUGGAUGAAAAUACACUACAUGAAAUGCUGAAUGAAGUAGAUUUGAACAAAAACGGACAGGUUGAACUCAAUGAAUUUUUGCAGCUGAUGAGUGCUAUUCAAAAAGGAAGGGUGUCUGGAAGCCGGCUUGCUAUACUAAUGAAAACUGCAGAAGAGAACCUUGACAGAAGAGUUCCAAUUCCAGUGGACCGUAGUUGUGGAGGAUUGUGAGUCUGAGCAGUAAAUCCACAGCCAACAAACGUAGGAACAGCAAAUCACCAUGUAACAACCAGAGAUGACUUAAACCACUCUAAAAUAGUGAAUAUGACUAGCUGCCUUUUUUAACACUGGAAAACAUUCCAAAACUUUAGGAUGUUGGUAUAUUUGCCAACUUUAUAUGCUGAUAUUUUAUUUGUAUUGUCAUUCAAUCUAGCUUCUAAAAAGUGUAUUUUAUCCUUUUUUCUCAUUUUCAGUGCACAUUGAUUUAACAUUUUACAUCCAUUUUGUGACCUGUUAGACUUGACAUGCUCUUUUUUUUAAUUAUUCAUUUAUUCUAAAUCAGUUCUAGAGGCAGAAUAUUUUGGCAACAAUUGAGAAAAGAAGCUACAGAAAUUUUGUGACAUGCACAAAGCUCUGGACAUUAAGCUUACAGAUAGCAUUUAUUAAAGAGAAUGACCUAUUGAAAUGAUACAGUGUUUCUGGAGACUUCUCAGUCCCUUCUUCCUCCAGCUUGUCUGUCUUCCCCAUCCAAACAAUAUUGCACAAUUUUAUAUCUAGAGCAUGACUGGCAAGCCGGAGAAGGAAGAAAAAGUUUAGAUCUGGUUACAGGAGCAAGUCUCAAAAAGAAACUCUGAAGGCUUCCAGAAUCACAGGUAUAAGAUAAGGAUAGCACUGACAUUUGCUGGAAGUUGCAGUGAUAGUUUCAGCUCAGCAGUUCAUUUUUUUCCUCAGUCACUGCUGGUUUUCUUUGACUGUCAUUGUUGCCAAGGAAGAUCCCUGCUUUUCUUACUUUAAAACCAGCAUUGAAGUAGCAAGUUGGAUGCAAUGCAAUGAGACCAAAUUUCUCCCAUCUUUACAGUAAUAAUACAUUUAAGGGUUAAGAACAUGUGUUUAUAUAUCCAUAUAUGAUAACACAAGUUUCAGUCACCAAAUCCUAAAUUUUAGAGCUUGUGGUAUUGUCAAACCUGGCCUAUCACUUUUUUGGGGUAUUUGCAUAUGUAGUAAAAGAGGAUAGAAUAGACUUCAGUUAACUUUAAUUAUAAUUAUAUGUAAAAUAAGACAGUUCAGUAUCCAAGGUCAUUGUGGCUACUUAAAGCCUUUCACCUCCUGUACUUAAUGGAAAUAUUCUCAGUCAACUAGAAAUAAAAAUGAAAAAAUGACUCCCUCCGCCCCCCCCCCCACCCCAAAAGCAAAAAUCAGUGUGCAUUGAAUUUAACAAGUAAUGUGUGGAAUUUAAAAAAACAGUUUGGGAUGCUUUUGCCAUAUUUAGGUGGCGUUUUAACUAGUCAUCUGAAUAUUUAUUAGUUGUGCUUCCUCUUAUGAAGCUGACUACUCACUGUUUUUGUUUUUUAAGAUCAGGUUCUGAAACGUAAUAGGAAAUGUAACACUUUAUUUCACGGCAGGUUUUUAUUGCACAGACUUGAAGUCUUAGUUUUUUAAAUUGGUACAUAAAACACUUUUGUGCUGUUAUCUCUAUUUAUGUCAACAUUGUAGAGUAUCUUUAUGCCUUAUUCAGGUGAGUUAUGAGUCUGUAUGUCACAAUAUAAACACUGGAGGUUCACUCACCGAGGCCCCCACCCACCACCUCUGAGACAAACAAAAACCACAGGGAAAGGCUGCGUCUUAACUCAUUUUAUUUUUAAAUGAAGUUUAGAUACUUGUCACUUCCUAAAGGAAAACUUAAAAAGAGCAAGUGAUGCUCCCAGGUGUCACUGUGAACUUUUUUCUUUCAAAGUGUGAAUUUUUACACUGGCUUUUUUUUUUUUUUUCCACAUAAAUGUGGCUUUGCAAUUUAGUGUUUUUCUAUCAAGACAAUAAAUUUCACUGUUUAGAACCUGGUGACACUCAAUAGGUAAAUGUACUGUCUUUUAAGACAUCCUAGAUGAUGCUCUCUCUCUCUUUCUCUCUUUCUAGUUAGAUCAAGAUAACGAUGACUUGUAUCCUCCCUGGUUCAGUUACAGUAGGGAACGGGCUUAAAAUGUGACUGGCCCAGGCGGAUCUGUGUUUGUUAAACAGGCCUUGUUUGUGCACGCUUUGCUAUGAGUGAAGUUCCUUUAAGGACAAAGAAAAGCACACUUUCCUUCUUUUGAGCGUAUCUGCUUUUGCUUAAAAUCUGCUAAAUUCUAAAACACACAGUCCUUCACCAAUCCCGGAGACUCAUUUGGAAAUAAACUGGUUUCAAGGCAUUACUGUGAAUGAAGCACCCCAGCAUUUUUUUUAUAAGUUCUUAAUUAAACCUGUACAGCUACUUUACUUGAUUUAAGAAAGGGGUGGGGGGGAGAGAAAUAGGGGAAUAAGCCCCUUCAAAACUCAUUCCAAGCACAGAAGAAUUUUUUUCCUUUUUAUAAAAACUUGAUAUUAGUUGUUUCUGUUGAGGUGGGGGUGGGUGGUGCAGAGAUUGCCUUUUAUCAACAAGUGAUUUAUUUCAAGAACCUUUAAGGGGAUUCAGGUGAAGGAACCCCUGUCUGUGCUGGAGAAUUGAAUGCUACCUUAAAUAGCCCCCACCUUGGUCAUAACAAUAGUGAUGAUGCUGGAUUAUUUGUUAAGCCAAGGUUGUCUGCCUCCUAUCCAUCACGCUGUUGGCAAUAUUCUUGCUUUCAAUCGGUUUAUACUGAGUGUAACUUUAGGAUUUCUGCUAUUAAAUGCAUGCUCCCUAUUCUGAUUUGGUUUCUGGCUUUGUUUUGUCUGUUUCAAAAUAUGUAGCUUUCUCUUUAGUACAACAAAAAUUUCAUUCUGACUUUUACCAGAUCUGUUGUAAGAGUCAUCAUUGAUUUUGUUUUUUUUUUCUUCUUUAUGUAUUUGUAAUGAUUUUUGGCAUAUGAAUGUAAUGUUGAAGUCAAUGACGCUAUAACUUGCACUGUUUUGCAUUAUGUCAACCUUUUUUAGGGAGUAAAAAAGCCCUACUAUGUUUUUAAAGAAUAUCAAAUAUAAGCCCAGUGCUGGAGUGGAUAUACGCACUGCAUGUUUUCAUAUGUGACACUUUUAUGUUUUGUGUUGGGUUAUUGUUCUAGAUUGGACUGUUAAAUACUGUGUUUGAGGCUGGGUUGUCAUUUUUAUAACUGUCUUGGUGUUUUAUCGCCAUUAUUUAUUACUUUUGAUAUACAGAAUGAGCUGCAUGCAUUUAUAGAGCAAUAAGAGGAUGUAUUUAAUGUGCCUUGUUUUUAACUGAAUAAGAACUGGAAGCAUGAAUCAAUAAAACUGAUUAAAAUGG